AUGCAAGCUGGAGAUGUUGUUAUGAGUGCACCAGGAGCAGAUUUCUUGAUUCGGCAGAUGCAACAGAUCAGGACAGCUAAUGGCGACGUGAUCCAAUUGAUGAGGCAACUUGAAGGGUCCCAAUGGAACAUGGUAGCCAUAAGCAACAUUGAGCAGGUGCAACAAAAUCUCGAAGGGCUUCGCAUAGAGGCGGAGCGCCGAACGAAUAUACUUGCGACAGGCUUAACUACGGCUGUAGCGGGAAUUGAUCAGCUACGGGAGGCUGCAGUGCAGAGCAAUCAAGUGUAUGAUCUGUUGGGUCAGCGUGUGACUGAGUUGACAGAGGGCGUGAAACAUCUUGUUCAGCGAGUCGAUGGCAUCGAGGGACAAGUGUUUCUCCAUGAGGCGAUGAGCCAAAGAUUGAAUGAGCUGAAUGACCGCGUGCUCAGAUUGGAGUCCCUGGGUUUAGCUAGUGGCGAUGCCGAGAGGGAAACCUUCAUGAAGCAGAAUAAACUUGAAUCAGACAAGCUGUGGUUGAGGAUUCUUGAUUUACAAGAGGUCGUUCAGAAACUCGAGUCCAGACCUCGUGUUGAUGAGAGUGAACGAUCAAAGGAGCUUGCAUCGGUCAUGGCACGAAUUGUGGAAACUGAACGGAUUUGCAAACAGCUGCGAGCGAGAGAUGAGGAGAUCCAAGGUCACCUUAGCCAUAUCUUGAGCCGUGAAACAAAGACAGAUCCUCCAGUACCAGAGCGUGCGCAUGAGGUGCAAGAUAAUGGACCUAGCGGGGUCCAAACAUUCAACAUGGCGAGUGGGACGCCACUCCAGGAUGAAGCGGAUGAUGAUCGAGACCAGUGGUGGGAUGCUUUUGAUGAGAAGCCGAUCAAGGAUUGGUUUGGGAACCCACCUGGGCUGACUAACGGUACAUGGGCACCAAGUGCUCCACCUCCAGCCUUACCUCGUGAGUUCGUAAGGGCAGAUACAUCUUUGACUGUAGGUCAAGCAUUGCAGUUGGAGCCCAAAGAUCUGCGCGUUCAAGGUGGUCAGUGGAAAUUGAUGAAGGAGUUUCCAAAGAUUCUUGAUCCACGUGGGCAGGCAUGGGAACGAGGCCUUCAGUUUUCACAGUAUGCCACUGAGAUGGUGUCAGUUGCGUCGUGUAUCGGCACGGGCUUCGGAAAGUUCGUUAGGCACCAAAUCGAUACUGCAUUGGGGCGUUUCCAACGACGCAUGGAUGCCGGAGUUCCUGACCCCGACGUCCCUCCAGUUGCAAGCGGUUGUGAAGAAUUUGAGAGUAGGUUGGCCAUGACUUUGCUUUCCCAGACGAGUGACGAUAUUAAGCGAGGUGUGAUUGAAUCUGCUGCGGGUCAAGUGGUUCCUUCUUUGACGAUCUUAGAGGCCAUUCUUGAGCGCUACCAGCCCGGUGGCAUCGAGGAGAAAUCAAGCUUGACAUCAUUCUUGAGGAACCUACCGCAGGCGGGUACAUUCACUGAGUGUUUGGCAACACUUAGAAGGUUGAAGCUGGCCACAUCAAGGAUUCUUGUUCUUGGAUUGCCGAGCCAUCCCCCACAUGAAGCUAUUUCUUCCCUUAACAACAUGGUGCGAACUUUGGAAAAGAAGAGUCCCACCUUGAGUACACGCUUGAAUCUGCUUCGACUUCGCCCUGAGAUCUUGAAUCCCACCGAGGAGGGAGUGAGUCUCCUACAGACGGCAAUUGAGGCGGAAGCGCGACGGCUUGCAGCAGAGGAGUUCUCCAAGCCACAUCAUGCCAAGGGGGACACCAAGUUCACUCCAUGCGCAUUCUUCAACACCGAGCGGGGCAACUCUUCUCCUUCAGAGCUUUCUGAGCUGGAUAGUGUUGAAAGCGGCGACUCAACCCCGAGCGAGUUUGGGGAUGAGUCUCAGGAGGAGAGUGAUGAUGAUCAGGUUGCAUGGAUCUGGAGCUUACGCUUGACGGGUUUGGAAUGGAGAAUGUGGACUAGCCCGGGUAACAUUGUCAUUAAGGCUCACGCGGAGUUUGAACACAUCGACGAUUAUCACAGAGUUGAGCAUGGAGCAUGGCAUUUGCAAAGGGCAGGUCAGCUAGAUGAGCUUCCAGCUGUGUUGAAUGAUGAAUGGACUGUCACAGCUGUGCACACUGUAUGGGCUUUGGAUCCAGUCACAAGGGUCUUCAAGAGGGCCGAGGCUUUUGAGCUUGAGCGUGUUGAUGAUCAGAGCAAGCUUCGCUUUGUGGUUGCAGUGGAAAGAAAUCGACCGUACGUGGAGCCAUGGACCGAGGAUGCAUGGGUUAGCGAGUGCUUGAGAUUUGGCUUUGGUGCUCCCAACGCUUUCAUUCAGGAAAGGAUUCCGCUCGAGUCCAUGUUGAUUGGCCACGGGUUUGAUCACUUAGCUGAGGUUCUGGGUUUACUGGGUGCCGAGUAUGCUGAUGAUCUUACUGUUUUGGGUCCUCAAGACUUGAUUGACAACGGAGUUCCGCGGCAGAUUGCCGAGGAUUUCUUUCAGCAUGGAGGUGUCAUGUCUGAGGCGUACACCCCGAUCGGGGCCCAGAGAUUUCGGAUGAAUGAAGACCGUAUUGAGGAGCUUGCAUUCUCUCUUUAUGCUUCGUGGCAGGCUGGGGAUCCGGUGAGUGAUGAAGAGUACAAUGCUGAAGUUCAGCAAAGAUUUCACGGCAUGAUACGUAGGCGGCGCCAGGGUGCCGCAAACAUGUGUUGUGUAUCGGGCAAUCGUGCUGAGAGUGACGGGUUUGUUCUUGUUGACAGUGGGGCAAAUGAAGUGCUUCGUCCACAGACCAAACAACAGCCUGCAGUAGAUGAGAAAACGCUUCAGGUCACUCUUGCAUCAGGUUCGCAUUGCACGGCCACUUUGAACAAGCACGGAGAGGUGUGCAUGAUAUCCGAGAAUGGGGCGAAGGGAGAGUGGAUCGUGGGAGUGAGGAAGAUCAUUGACAUUGGAGGGGCAUUCAAUUGGGACCAGAAGGGCGCUAGGAUAUCAUAUCCCCAUCCUUUUGAGCAUGGCAGGAUUGUGACCGUUGAUUGCAUCGUUACCAAUGGUUUGCCGUACAUGCGAUGGUCUGAUUUCAAACUCGCGCGCAUUGCACUCAGCAAACAUUACCGGAAGCAGCAGAAGGGCACUUGUAGCCACAAGGCCACCGCAUGCAACCCCGAAGAACCUUCCAUUCCUCCCGAAAGCCAGGUCGUUGACUGGGUUGAUGUUUUGGAGUUUCAGGAGGAUGCUGUGCGUAAGGCUUGCCGAGAAGGAUUGUAUGAUAAGAAGAAUCAUGCCAGCAUCCAAGCGAGAGGCCAUCGUCGGCCCCACAGGAAGCUAUCUGCGAAAGACGUUAGCGACGGAGUGAUUUCAAUAGACUUGAGUGGACCGCACAAGCAAUCCUUUGCAGGGAAUCGCUAUGCAUUGGUUGCAUGUGCACACAUCGCUGAAGGUCUUGAUCUGCCUUUUGUGCGAGGGAUUCGCACUAAGGAGGCAGCAGUUGUGACAGAGGCUUUGCGAGACAUCUUGAAUCAGUUGGUGUCCAUGGCUGAAGGGCAACAGAUCACUUUCCGGAUUCAUUCUGAUCAGGGUCGUGAGUUCACUGCUCGUCUGUCCGCUGAACAGCUUAAGACUUACAAUCAUUACCGAACUUUCGCGGUCCCCUAUUCACAUCAAUCGAACGGACGAGUAGAGAACUUGAUCGACCAACUGAAAACAUCAACUGCCUCUAUGCUCCUAGGCGGUAAGCUGGAUUUGAGAUUCUGGGAUGAGCUAAUGGUUCAUGCUGCAAAGCUCCGGCGCAUGAGAGCGCUGAACAUGAAGAUUCCCAGAGAUCUUCCUGCUCCAGGCGAUUACGUAUUGUCGCGACUACCUAGGGAUCAGAUGCCUGAUUUUCGGGAUCGCACGGAACCCGGAAUCUUCUUGGGUCUUUCGGAGCAUGUGGCAAACGGGUCCAAGGUGUUGGUUGAGCGUGAUGGGCGUGUCCUUGUUCGGUAUGCUCGACUGCCGAUUCUUCUUGAUAAGGAGAAACCACGAUGGAGACUCGUAGAGAAUCCUGGUAGCGAUCAGAAAACAUGGAUUUCGGACAAAGGGCAGAUUGCAUGGGCUGCACCAUCUGAUGCAGACAUCCUCACGAUGGAGGAGAAGCUAGGAUACCACAUCGCGAGCCCGGAUGAGGUGUUCGUGAAGCUGAACAAUCUACUUGAGAAGACUCGAGGGUCUGAGGUAGAAAAGGAGAUCUUCAACUUGUUCAGCCAUGGUAUCAUCGCUCAGCUACCGGAGGUUGCCGAAGCCCAUAUGCUCAGGAUGCAAAACAUCAACGAGGAGACUCAGGAGGAGCCUAAACCGGAAGAUGAACCUGAAGAUUCAUUUGGACAUAAGUUCAUGAAAGCAGUGGCUAGCCGGGCAGUGUCUGCUCCAGUUGAUUGUGCACCUGACAAGUCCGAGAAGUACAUCACAAGAACAGAAGAGGAUGAGCGUGAAACGGAUGAGAUCUUUCAGAGCUUAUUGCAUGAAGCGCAGCAGCGGCGGGGAUCAGCAGAAGUGGUACCAAAUUCUGUCUUGACAGGAGAACAUGCUGAACAGUGGAUUGGAGCAGUCAGAAAAGAGAUGACUAGUGUAGAAACCAAAGAAGUUCUGAUGCCCAUUCGCGUAGGUCAUGAAAGAGAAGACUUGCAAUUGAAGGAUGAUGAGGAGAUUCCUCGAACUAUACCCAUGAAGCUGGUGUUAUCCGAAAAACCAGUAGAACCUGGCAGCACUGAGAAAGGCAUUGACAACCAAGGGUUUCUCGCGAAAGCGAGGUUGGUAGCUUGCGGAAAUUUCCAAAACAAUGAGUUCGCAAAGGACGAGCUAUCAACGGAGAACGUCCCAUCUUGGAUAGUGCGUACAAUGUACCACAAGCUUGCUCAGGAACCAAUGUGGGUGGCAGGUGCGGCAGAUAUAUCGACAGCAUUCCUCAAUACGGAGUUGAGGCGAGGAGAAGCGCCACUUCUUGAUCCACCAGCGGUAAUGAAGAAGUUAGGUUUGGUGGAAAAGGGGGUUAAAUUCCUCCCGCUGAAAGCGCUGUAUGGGCUUCGGAUUUCGCCUAAGGAGUGGGCAAAAGACAGAGACUCAACCUUGAAUGGGAGCGUUCUUGAGCCUCGUGAAGGAGAUAAGAUGCCAGCAGCACGACUUGAACCCCUUGAUAUUUGCGAGGGCCUUUGGAGGCUGGUGAAUGUUGCAUCGGGAGAAGUGAUGGGAUUACUGACCUUGUACGUGGACGACGUACUGGUUGUAGCAUGCCCUGAAAUGGUAUCGCGAUGUCUGGAGUUUAUUGGUCAGAAAUGGCAUUGA